AUACAGUUAGCUUUCGUGGGAACUCUAUGGUGAUCAUGGACCUUCAUCGUGUGCCUGUGGCCUCCUUGCGCGACCACAUUCGCUUCAGGUUCCGGACCACACACCCAGACGCCAUGAUGAUGUACAGCCGUGGUACACAGGGGGAUUACCUCUCACUCCAGCUCGUACAGAACAAGAUGGUCCUCAAUGUUAAUCUGGGUGCUUCAUCUCCCACCACAUCCCAAAGAAGCACCCGUUUGGCGAACAGCUUGGACGCUGCACAUUCAGAAUUUCACGACAUACAAGAAUUUGGAUCAAAGGUAAAGAGCACCUUCUCUGUGGGGUCACUUUUGGAUGACAACUCCUGGCAUGACGUGGAGAUUCGCAGGGAGCAGAGGAACAUCACCUUCCUGGUGGAUCGGGUCAGGAUUGACGACGUAAUUCAUGGUGACUUCAAGAGGCUAGAUCUUAAUAGAGAGUUUUAUAUUGGAGGUGUGCCGAACUUGCAGCCAGGGAUGGUGGCAAGAGUGAACUUCACUGGCUGUAUGGAAAAUCUUUUCAUUAACGGCACUGCCAUUAUUCCUGAGAUGCGAGAUGCUGAUGAUUAUUACUCUUAUUAUUACCGGCGUCCCAAGUACUCUAAGAUCAACAUUUCAAGCACCUGUCCUUAUGGAGACUCCUCUGACCUGACCAUGACCUUCCUGAAGCGAGAGGCUCACCUCCGCUACCCAGCCUUUGAAGAUCAACGCUCCAUCAAUGUGUCAGUAGAGUUUAGGACGUAUGAGGAGUCAGGUGUACUUAUCUACCAUAAGUUUUCCAACACAGGCUACUUCAAGCUCUAUUUGGAAGAUGGCAAAGUAAAAGUUGUGAUCUCCUCAUCAAAAACCCCAGGCAAGGUUGUCCUUGAUAACUUUGAUGUUACUUACAAUGAUGGCCAGUGGCACAAAGCCAUGUUUACUGUGGCUGAGAACAGCAUGGAGCUCACAGUUGAUGACGUCCCCAUGAAGACCACAAGGAUCAUCUCCGUAAUAUCUGGCAAAUACUUCCUUGUUGGAGGUGGUGUCUAUGGGUCGGAAGGCUUCCUUGGAUGCAUGAGACGUAUUUCCGUGCUGGGAUUCAUGCAGAAGCCCAAAGAGGAGGAAAUAAGUGACAGGAAGGGAAUAGUAUUGGCUGCUUGUCAGAUAAUGGAUCGUUGCAAUCCUAAUCCUUGUGAAAACCAUGGUCGUUGCAAGCAGAAUAGCAAAGAAUUUUUCUGUGAAUGUUCAGGAACAGGGUACUCUGGUGCCGUCUGCCACACCUCCUUGAACCCCAUUUCUUGUGCUGCCUAUGGAAUGCAGAAUCCCGGAUCCAAACGUGCUGAAGUUUUUAUUGACGUUGAUGGUUCUGGGCCUCUUGUUCCCUUCCCUGUCACAUGUGAAUUUUACAAUGAUGGCAAGGUGUACUCAUACCUGGGCCACAAGCAUGAGAUGACAACAACUGUGGACGGCUUUGAGAGGAGAGGGUCAUAUGUACAGAACAUUAUUUAUGACACCGAAAUGGAACAGAUAGAGAUCUUUGUCAACCGCUCCACCAAGUGCCGGCAGCGCAUUCACUUCGAGUGCCUGAAGGCCAAGCUCUUUAACUCUCCUUCACCUGAGGAUCAGGACUUCCAGCCCUACACCUGGUGGGUCUCCCGCAAUAACCAGCCCAUGGACUACUGGGGAGGAUCUCUGCCAGGGUCUCGGAAGUGCGAGUGUGGUCUUAUGGGCACCUGUGUUACUGGCAAAUGGUGCAACUGUGAUGCAGGCCUCGAGUCGUGGCUGUUUGAUAGCGGAGAGCUGACCGUGAAGGAGCAUCUUCCUGUGAGACAGCUGCGUAUAGGAGACACAGGCUCACCCUUGGAUGGCAAGAAGGCACGAUACACACUUGGACCUCUGAUAUGUGAAGGAGACAACAUCUUUGACAAUGUGGUCACUUUCCGCAAAGCUGAUGCAACCAUCAACUUGCCACGAUUUGACAUGGGUCAUUCAGGUGACAUUUACUUUGAGUUCAAGACCACAAUCCGGGAUGGAUGCCUGAUCCAUGCAAGGGGCACGACGGAUUACAUUAAGGUCUCCAUUGUGGGUGGCAUGCAGCUCCAGUUCCAGUACCAGGCUGGUGCAGGGCCUAUGAGUGUGAGCGUUGAAACAGCAUAUGUUCUGAACGACGACAAAUGGCACUCAGUGUUAGUUGAGCGAAACCGCAAGGAAGCCCGCAUGAUUGUAGAUGGAGGUGGAAAGGCUGUGCUGAAGGAACCUAGCGGUCCUGUGCGAGCGAUACACCUGGAAUCGGACUUUGUUGUUGGAGCCACUUUGGAUUACCGAGAUGGCUUUGUGGGGUGCAUCCGUGCUCUGGUCCUCAACGGGGAACUGCAGGAUCUUAGGGGAAGGGCUGAGAGGGGCAUGUAUGGGGUUCAUGCAGGCUGCGUUGGGAAGUGCCAGUCUAAUCCCUGCCUUAACAACGGAACCUGCCAUGAGGGCUAUUCCUCCUAUCAUUGCGACUGCCGAUGGACAGCCUUCAAGGGGCCAAUUUGUGCUGAUGAAAUUGGUAUCAAGAUGCUAACAGAUACAAUGGUAAAAUAUGAGAUCCCGGGCACCUACAAGUCCACCAUUGCCGAGAAGAUCCGUGUAGGCUUCACCACCACCAACCCACGAGGCUUCCUCAUGGGGUUACACUCCAACAUCACUGGAGAAUACCUUACCCUUGCCAUCUCCAAUUCAGGUCACUUGAAGGUCACAUUUGACUUCGGUUUUGAGAGGCACGAGAAGGUCUACGGCAAGAGGACUUUCCAUGAGGGACAGAACCAUGACGUCAAGCUCUACCGCUCGGACUCAGGCCGGAAGCUCACUAUGCAGGUUGAUAACUAUGAGCCCAUUACCUGGACCUUCGAUGUGAAAGGAUCAGCUGAUGCACAGUUCAACAACAUUCAGUACGUGUACAUCGGCAAGAAUGAGACGAUGGCUGAGGGCUUCACUGGCUGCAUCUCGCGGGUGGAGUUUGAUGACAUCUACCCCCUUAAAUUCUACUUCCAGCAGGACCGACCCACAACCAUCACGGCUGAGUCAACCUCAACCAUAUUCGAAGACUACUGCGGCAUCGAGCCUAUACGAUACCCGGAGGAGGAGACGGAGACGAGGCCGCCGCCAGAAGUGUCAGAAGAAGUCCUUAUGGACCUCUACGCGGACAACUCGGCAGUCCUUGGAGGAGUUCUUGCAAUCAUUUUUAUUGCAUUGCUGUGCAUGGGGUUCUUAAUUGGCCGAUACAUGGCACGACAUAAAGGUGACUACCAGACCCAUGAGGCAGAUGGGGCUGAUGCCGCACCGGAUGCUGACUGGGCGGUGCAGCAUUCCAUGACGGGACACCAGGUCAAGAGGAACAUGGAAAUGUACAUCUAGACAACAGCGGCUUCAUGCCACACGAAACGCAUACCGAGAAUAUAAACGAAUAAAAUCAGUAGAGAUAAACUUCAAGAGUACAACACAUGCUUGAUUGUGUUAGAUGAGGUGCUUAGUGCACAUGAUCAUGUAGGUCACAAGCUAGAAUUAUAAGAAAGGUUUAUCAUGACAUAAGAAAUUUGUUUUUAUUUUAUUUACUUAUUUAUACAUGUUUAAAGAGAGUUGAAAUUGAGUAGAUUACUUUUAUUCAUACGUGCUUAUGAAGGAUUAAAGCAUAGUGAGUGAUCAUAAUUUAAGACAGUGAGGGGAAGAAAAUCUUUUCCAAACAAUCUUUUAUUUAUUUGUUAAUUAUUAUUUUCUGAUUAUUUUUUCUCAAAAUAGGUUUGGGAAUGAAAUCCUCCGCAUGCUAAACAUUUUGUUCAUAGACUGUUUAGCACAUAUUUUCCUUUUUUGUUAUGAUCAAUUCUGCAGGAAGGUCCCAGAAUUACUCAUGAGUUAGCUGUAUGUAUUGAAGGUUGGUGAGAUUCAAAGGUUGAAUAUCCUUUGGCGAUUAGCAUAAUUUCAGGGCUCUUGGGGUCUGAGCACAAGCAAGGGGAAUAUAUGAGAGCUUUUCUUUCUAAUUGAGGAAUGAACAAGAGGUAUGCCUGGUAGUGUUGUCAGUUGGGAAUGUGUAUUACUUGUGACUGAGAUGGCAAGUUUGACAAGCUUGUAAUAUCUGUCACGGAUAAGUAGUAGUGGAUUGAUUCUUUAUUGACUGAGCAUAGUACUUAAAUAAGUCAUGAAUGUUUGUGCAAAUCAAGAAUUACCAGCAAUUUGAUGCCAUCAUUCCUGAGUUUCCUUAACCCACUAACGACAGGUGUCCAAUAUAUGAGACACCCGAAAAAAUAAACAUUGCUGGGCGUCCCGCCAGUGUGAUGCUGUAUCAGGGCUCGCACUCCGACACAGCAGCAGGCCGCGGCGGGUGGGCGGGCUGGCAGAAUCCGGGGCAGCCCCGCCUACCGAUUUUGUAGCCACCCGGAAUCUUUUAUUUUCGGCUUCAAAAUAUACCGGCGUUAAUGGGUUAAAACCUUUCUGGCAACUUUUCCCUUACGUCAGUCAAGUACUCUUAAGAAAGUCCUAUGUUGCUUGUGUUUAGAUCUGACAGUUCUUGUGCUUAUCAUGAAGGGUUUCAGACUAGUAUAAAAAGCCAAAGUUGUUACACGUCCAUUUUAUUUCUUUAUUAUUGAUAAGGGUUAUAUUUUAAGGUGUAAUCUUAAUGAUUUUCUGUAUAUUUUUUUAGUUUAACCCCUAAGGGAUGGCUUUUGUAAUAUCACAAAGAUAGAGGUGAACACAGAGCUCAUGCUGUGUGUUGCAGUUUGGGGGUAGAUUUGAUCGUCAGGGCAGGAAGCAAGUUAUCAUAAAACACUAUCUGGCAUCUGUUACCUCUUAACAGACACCCUUGAGUCAGUGUGCUAGAUAUGUUAGGGUGUCUGUUGACUGCAGUGAGUGGAAAUGUUACACUUGUCAACUGUAACUCGAGCCAUCAUUUUUGUUCUUUCUUAACCAUUCAUUAUACACUGAAUAUUAUUACAAGGCAAAACAUGGUUAUCGAGAUGUGGAGGAACACCCUUUUGUAUGAGUGUUGCAUUGUAUCCCCCUCUGCUGGGGCUGAAUACGGAAUCUCAGAGCAUAAACAUAUAUAGCAAUAAGAAUCUCAUUGUUUUUGUUUGUUUUUCCUUUUCUCUCAUCUGAUCUUUAUCUUGUCCUUUUUUCCUUUUUUUUUUAUUGAUAUUGGUUAUAUAUUUUUUCUUUCUAUUUUCUUUUUAUGGUUUGGAUUAUGUUACUGUAAAGAUCUGGUGGUUCACCUAAACAUUUUUAAACCAUAACACAGUCUUUAUAGUAUUAAAUGUUUCCAUCUUGGUAAUCUGCUGAAGUAUUAACAUGGUCUCAUUGCUAUAUAUUUAGGCCAAUGUGCAUUAUGGGAUAAGGUUGUGAGAUCUGCAUUUUGUAAGUUUAUGUAUAUUUUUUCAUUAUUAUGUUUUUUCUUGCUUCUGGUUUCUAUAGAAGUACCCACACGUGUUUACGUAUAUUGUCUCCAAUUGCUAUGAAUUGAGGAAUGUUUUAAUUGUUUUUCAUUGCUUUUUAAUUUGGAGAAUACACCAUAAAAAAGAAUUUUUAACUGAAAAUAGCUCUUGGGUGUCAUCAAGAUCAUUGUCAAGGUGGUGUAAUUGUAAAAGCACCUGUAGUUUUGGUCACACACUGAGCUUGUCCGUUGGAUAACAAAAACUUUGCUCACAUUUUCUCUUUGGCCAUAAAUGUAGUGGAAUAAAUAGAUUUACUAUUUAUGAAGAUGAAAUGGAGGAAGGAGAAAAAAUGUAGUUUCUCAGCCUCUGACAUUCUGUCCCUCCAUAUUUACAAGGAUGCUGUUUGAAUGUGUUGAUUCAGUAUCAUGCAUGAGUAUAUGUAUUAAUGUCAUUCUCUUUUAAUUUGCUGCAACAGCAUGAAUGGUCUGUUGGAAUUGCCAAUGCCACAAUUACAACAGUUUUUGUCAUUAGUUCUGAACUGAUUCAUUAAUUGCAGCUGUCACUAGUAGUGAGAGCUGCAGGAAUGGAGAAAAAGAGAAAAAAUAUUUAGCUUCAUAAUUUUUAUAAGUGUUUAAUCAUGUGAUUUAUUAGUUGUUGGUUUUGUUUCAUUUUAAAACUAACUUUAUAAACUAACUUUAUCAAAUAUCAUGUGUGUUUGAAAGUGUCUUUAGUAAACAGAGUUUUGCAUUCAUAAGGGAAAAGCAUUUGUUAUUCAUCACAAAUAUUAGUUGCUUUAUGUCUGGUUUAUUUACAUAAAAUUCAGGAAAAGUGUAUUUGAUUCAUAUAUAAAGAAUAAUUUAAUCUAUUAUAUAUAUAUAUAUAUAUAUAUAUAUAUGUGUGUGUGUGUGUGUUUAUAUAUACAUAUAAAUAUAUGUACUGCGUAUAUAUGUACAACAAGAAAUAUAUAUCUUCAUAUUGCCAAAGUAGAGAUGUUUUGACAGUUUGAUAUGGAAAAGAAAGAUCAUUUAGGAAGAGAAAAUGAGCAAGAUUACUGUUCAUUAGAAAUUUGUUUUCUCAUUGUAUUUUAUUCUUGGAUUUUAUGUUUUUUAUCAGUAUGUAUUUUUUUCAUAAUUAUUUAUUUUUGAUCAGUAUUUUCUUUCUUUUGGUACCAUCUUAAUGCAGUUAGUAUAUUACUUUUUUGUUAUAGAUUAAUGAACAGGAAAACUUGUUUGCAAGUAAUGAGGGAGAUUGUGUUAGUGUGUAAAGUCUACUGAACUUUACAAAGGCGAAGAAAUUAUUACUUCAGUGCAAUGGCAGCAAAGAUUCACAUCAUCUUCUGUACUUGAAGUACUCUGUAUAAUUGUAUGUUGUAUACCUCUAGUAAAUAUAUUUUGUACAAACUUUUAA